AUGGCCACUCUCCUUCUACCUCUCAACUCUUACUCUCCCACUCCAUUUCAAAACCCUAAUCUCUCUUCUCUUAAGAUCAAAAUCAAUCAACGCCACUAUCCUUUCCGAACUCUACGACAUCAUCACAGUCCAUUCAUUUGUGCAUUGGAGGAAGAUUCGAACCCUGAAACAGUCCAAGAUGGCGAGGUCAACAAUUUAGGAGUCAAAGUUGCACUGUCCAUGUUGAGAUUCUACAAGAGGGAAAUUUCACCAAUUUUGCCAAAGAGCUGUCGCUACCUUCCUACAUGCAGUGAAUAUUCCAUGGAGGCUUAUAAGAGAUAUGGAGUGGUGAAGGGUACAGUUUUGACUGCAUGGCGUCUCUGUCGAUGCAAUCCCCUUGGUGGCCAUGGUUAUGAUCCACCUAGAUGGUUUGGUGAGGUUCGCCCACUGGAAGAUGUUGAUGACUAA